ACUCGCCCAAGAUCUGCUCGUCCCAUUCGUCUUUCUGACUUCCACCUACUUAAACCAACAGCAAGAGUUUCCUUAAAUCAUCUGACCCACAAUUGUUCUAGGCAUCGAAGCCCCUAUUCAAUCUCACCAGACUGAGAAUGACAGACUCUCAUCAUAGUGAUUCGUCCGUCGAAAUUAUAAGCAGCAUUUCUUGCUGCGCUACAGAAGCUUCUGAAGAUGAAGUUGUCUGGAGCGUCAGCGAGGAAUAUUCGUCGGAGAGUAGCGUUACCGACAGCGACGCUGACUUUGUCCUGUUGCCCCGUAUCCCAGCGGAGGACUUUCCUGAUAAUGUUUCCGGCGACAGCGCCCAAGAGGAUGUGCUGUCAACUGCAUUCAAUCUGUUAUCAGUCAACAAAGUGGAGCAUGAAUCAGAUACGAACAAAGUCAACAAACCAAUCCAAAAGGUGAAGCAGAUCCGGAAGCCAGCAGUUGGUAAUUCCGGACGUACACGUUCAUCGUCUACGAGCCCCUCCCUCCAUCAUAACAGUGGAGCGAGGACCCACAAUGGUUCAUAUGAAGAUGCUGCAGCGUACAUCACACAGUACCUGGAUACUCCUGUCAAGAAGAAUGAUCCUAGUGCGAAGCUCCAGUUUCUCCAGGCUCUCAUUGUAGAAUUUGGUAUUUCCAAACAUCUACCCGCCAGCAUAAAAUCAGCAACAAAACUGCUGAAGGCCUCUGUACACGUGAAUAUCAAAGAUUACGUAGCGAAGCGGGGAAAAGACCAGAGCGAGUUGAAACAGAUCAUGCAGCCUAGCAAGAGCGCACUACGGAAGGAUAUCCGGCGAAGCAACCGGAAGAGCUCCCUGAAGUGGGUGAAGGAACAUGGACUAAACGUCCUUCUAAUCGGCAUCUCCAACUAAUUCGCGGGGGAGUUCCCCACCCAUUC